AUGAACUAUGUGAACCUCUUCGUGCAAAUCGGUUGUCCGGGUAUGGUUAUGGAGGCUGUCGAAGUUUGGGCCUUCGAAAAUCCUGGUAACCUACCCGACAGCGUCGUCGCCCUGUCAACGCAUGCUGUGCUGAUGAACGUUAACAUUAUUCUUUACACUGCGUUCUACGGCAUCGCAGUCGCUGCUGGUAUUCGUGUGGGCAAUUGUCUGGGUGCUGAUCAACCGAAGAAGGCGAAGAUGCGAAGAUGGCUUCCUCGUAAUCACUUUGGGGGUCUUAGUGACGCCAUCCCACGCCUGUUCCUUAAUGACGAUAGGAGUAUCGACCUCUCUUCGAAGAUCAUGGUCAUGUGGCCGCCCCUUGAGAUCGCAGGCGGUCUCAACGCUAUCAUGCAAGGAAUCUUCAGUGGCGCAGGCAAGCAGAAGUCAGCAGCUAUCGCCAACGUGAUUGGCUACUACGGAGGAGGUAUCCCGCUCGACUCCAUUCAAUAUAAAUUUCGAAAUGAGACCACAAGGUUACGGAUGCCUAGUUUGUUAAAUUAG